AUGAUGGCUGAGAAGCCCCCAAAACCAGCCCCUCGCAGGAUCUUCCAAGAAAGGUCAAAGAUUACUGCUCUACCCUUGUACUUUGAAGGUUUUUUAUUAGUCAAGCGGUCAGAAUACCAGGAUUAUAAACAUUACUGGACAGAGCUGAGAGGAACUACACUUUUCUUUUAUACUGAUAAAAAAAGUACAACAUAUGUUGACAAGUUAGACAUAAUAGACCUCACAUGCCUUACUGACCAGAAUUCAACUGAAAAGAAUUGUGCAAAAUUCACCCUUGUUUUGCCAAAAGAGGAAGUGCAAUUGAAGACAGAGAACACAGAAAGUGGGGCAGAAUGGAGAGGCUUCAUUCUCACAAUAACAGAGCUGUCAGUUCCCCUACAUGGGUCACUCCCUCCUGGGCAAGUAAUUAGACUGCAUGAAGUCCUAGAGAGAGAAAAGAAAAGGAGGAUUGAGACAGAGCGGACAUCGAGUUCAUUUCCGGAAAAAGGGAAGGAACCAAUUGAAGAUUAUGUGGAUGUAUUGAACCCUAUGCCAGCAUGUUUUUAUACAGUAUCCCGGAAAGAAGCAACAGAGAUGCUUGAGACGAACCCUUCCUUGGGAAAUAUGAUCCUGAGGCCUGGUAGUGACAGCAGAAACUAUUCUAUCACCAUCCGGCAGGAGACAGCCCUGCCAAGAAUCAAGCACUACAAAGUGCUGAGUGUAGGAAAAAACUACACGAUUGAAUUGGAAAAACCUGUAAGUAACACUCCAAAUCUUUUCAGCGUCAUUGAUUAUUUCGUGAAGGAGACUCGAGGAAAUUUACGGCCAUUUAUAUCAACUGAUGAAACCCUUGCAUCUUUUGCAAAGCAGAGUCUUAAAUUUUGA